UGUGUGUGUACGAUCAUGAAUUAGACAUCCGGGCUGUGUGUGUGGAAGAUGGCGACACUUAUCCUCCCUGGUGAAUGGAUCAAAAACUGGGAAAAAUCAGGAAAACACGAGUUGUAAGUAGACUUUAACUUCAGCACAGCGUCAUAACGCAAAGCUAUCGAUCGAAAAUGAAUAAUUGAUAAAAAAUUUGUUAGCAUUUCUACUUCAGGCCAGUCUUUCCACUGUGUUUGCUCAGGCUAACAUUAGCUGCUACGUUAGCUAGCAAGAAAGCGUCCCGGUGGCCUGCCAACGUUCAGCGAAUAUGUAAUGCAAUUUAUUUGAAUGAUGUUUGAUUAAAAUAAACCGUGCUGGAAGUUUGAUAAUUUUCAGGUAGUUGAAACUCGACUUAAAUGAGAAUAACCUGCGUGUUUUCUUUCGCUCUCAAUAGUACAUCUGUAAACACAGUAGCUAUCAGCUAAGCUAGUUAGCACGUAGCUUCUCUCCGGCUGCAUGGAUUUGGCUCAAGCUUUAACGUUUGGUGUAGGUGAAUUUGGUCCCAGUGGUUACACACGUAGCUAACAUUACCUGUCAAAACAUAAACAAUAAAAUAUACCACCAUAGCAGAUGCUGUGUAACGCUUUUUAGUUGAUAGUAAUCAGGUGGAGGGAAACAACGGAUACUGACAUAACGUUACGGCUAACAGUAACGUUAGUCAUGCCAUCCGUGAUGUUGAAUGUCCCACCAUUUCUCAUGAGAUGUGAUAUUUAUUUCACUCAAUAAACAUCCUCCUUUGAAAGAUAAAACAUGCUGAGAGCAGACUUCAGGUGAAACAUUUAUAAACAGUUAACCUCUCAACUAUCAUGUAGCUGGAGAACCGGUUCCCAUUAGGGUGAGCUAGCUAACAUAACAGUAGCUGCAAUAACCUUAUGAGAUUUCUGCCUUCUGGGGAUAUUGAUCAGAGAUUACUUCCUUUAUCAACAAAUUAACAUGUCAGAACUCACUCUGUUGGCGUCUUACAAUCCCAGAAGACCUUCCCCACAACAUCAAUAAUUAUACCUGGGACGAUAAGGGGUUCUAGUGAAAUAACUCCAAAGAGGGAAAUGUUGCGUGGAUAAAAUACUAACUACUUUUCUUGUACGCAGCCAUGAUGUUCAGGCUGAGGGACAAUAGCUGUAUCCCCUCCGAGUUGAUAGUAGUGGUUGCAGGCCUUGCAUAUUCAAGCAAGGCCUGCUGAGAGAUGCACUAGCUCAAAGUGCUCCUCUCUUAGUCAAGUAUGUGUAGUACACUGUUCCUCUAUCUCAAUAGUAUAAUACACCGACCAGCCAUUACAUUAUGACCAUCUGGGGAGUCUAACUCAACAGCUCUGUUUUAAAUUGUACUAGUUUUUGUUGACAUGAUUAUUGUACUUAAUAUUUAUAAUCAAAGAUGCAGUAUGUGGUUGUGGUGGUUUAUUAUGUCUUAUAAUGAAAGACACUUAAAACAUUUCCAUUCCACAGACAAACAUGAGGGGAGCAAAAUAUUUAGAACACUUUUCAAUACAAUUCAUGCAACUACAACUUUUACUACAGCUUCAACAACUCAUUUAAAGAACAGUAAUCUGUCUGACCAUGUCAACCAAAAGUGAUAAUGUGGAAAUUUAGUUUAUGUAAAAGUUAUGGUAGAUCUGUUGUACUGGGUUGCAUUAGACUGCCCAGGUGUUCAUAAUGUUACAGCUAUCAAGAAGGGACCCCCCCCAUGAACGUUUCAAAAUAAUAUAUUUCUGAUUCGAUACUAGCUUGGCUGACGUGCAGCUGAGAUGAGGCAAUGAAGCUACUGUCAAUGCAAGAGCAACAUGAAAUCCUUUAGAGAAUGGCUCUGCUUUGAAGGCCUGUGCCAGCAAGCCUGUCAUUUCAGGGAAUCCGUCCUGUGCAUAGCUCUGGUGGGCAGCAAGUUAAAGGGUAUUUCCAGGGGCUGAAAGUGGAAGGCAGAGUGGACUGCUGAUUUAGUGCUCUACCAAUUUGUUUCAUUAUAUUUGUAAAAUCUUAUUGACAGUAAGUCUGACCUUAGUUUCCUGACAAGCAACUGUCACUUUAAUACAAUUGAUUUGACUGUACUUUUGCUGUAUAAAAGCAUCACUGGUGCUGGCAGUAAUCACUGGCAGUUCCACUAAUACACUGAUUGAAGAGAUGAAUCAGAUGUAGAAGUAUUCUGUUAUAUGCGGGUUUUUGUUUUCAUUCUAACUUUGACAGAUAUAUAGGCAGCACUCAGAAAAGUGUCCAAUAUGCCCAGCAAAAUCAAAGCUAUGUGAAAGUUAUUUGAAAAGUUGUUUAAUAUAAGAUGUAUAUUUGCCAGUGUUGUAGAAAGAGUUUGGAGUUGACACAGAGCUUAACGUCCAAGCCAUCCAGAAGUAACAAACUUCUGACAUAGUAGAAUUUGUUAUCAAUAAGAUUGCUGGGCUUUUACUGUUUGUUCAGAUAGGAAUUAAUCAAGAAUUGUGUCCUUAGAGUGGUGUCACAUAUGUCAACUAAAGGCCAAUUUUACAAUGUAUGAGCUGUCAUGUUUUAGUUGUCUAACUGACCACCUUUUCUCUUCUUACUUUGCAGUGCACAACUCUGCAAAGAGCUCACUGAGAAAACAGAUCAUGGAAGUGAGGUUAGAGGUAAGUAAGGUCACAUCUCUCUGUGGUUCAUAUUUUAGUGUACUUCACUUUGAAACAAAGGCGCAUUUAUUUUCUGAAAACAAUUCGUGUGUAUGAAUCACUUUUUUUUUUAUUUUUUUUUUUACAUGAAGUGUUUUAGAGAAAUCGUUGAAACACCAAAAAAGUUGUGUACCAAAUUUGCACGAAAAUGGGUAAAAAGAGGCUUCCAAUUGGUUGUCCCCUGAAAACUACACACCUCUGAGGGCAUAUUUUCCAUUUGCACUUGUACCACAGACAAGAAUGCUGAAGUGGCACAAUCCAGCUGGCCGGUGAUAUUGCUAAAACACAUUUGUCAACAUGUACGAUUACAAGAUGGUGAACUACAUGUUCAGAGCUGAAAGAUAGAUGUGUAAAAAAAAUGCCCAGUUUUCCUAUUUUCUGCUUUUUAAGGCUGUUCUGAUGAGUUUUAAAACAGGUAUGUAAAGAUCGAAGGGAAUCCAGGGUUGCUCAAAACAGAAUAUGACACCUGUGUUAUUGCCCUGAGUCCGAUAAUGUCAAUAAUACUGGGAGUGUGCAAUAAAUAAUCAGUUAUUAGACUCCUAUAAUUAUACACAAUGAUAUAUCUGAUUAACUAAGGAAUACAAAGUGUUCCUCAAAGGAAGACAUGUGAGCAAAAGUAAUGUCAUCAGCACCACUGCAAGAAGUCAUGAAGUAGUGGUGCAGUGAGUCAGACUGGUAGAGGAAUCUGUCCAGAGUUUGUAUUGUUUUCAUAUUAGCAUAAUAGUUCUAGGCACCAAAAAUAAACACACUGAUUGUAUCUCAUGAAUCAGAAUGACAUUUUACCAUGUCUUAUCCCACCCCCAGUUAAGAUGGUGGUUAAUGUUGCUGCAUUAAUUCUUGUUCAUAACAGAAGGCUCUCUGGGAUUCUGUUGUGAUUGUGUAUUGUAAAAUAGGGAUUAAAAAUGGUUUUCUCAGCACUUCAGUAGUUCUCAGUUCUUGUGGUGCAGACUUAAGAAGAAAAGGCAGGUCUUACAUUUCAAAGAACUCAAACAAGUUCAUCCAGUCUGAAAAUGCUUUUUUGUCCAGAAAUAUCCCUUUCUUCUAUUUUUCACUUCCGGCCCUCACACAGCAGACUUUUACUUUGCAGAACACGAGUGUCUCGCAAAUAGCCAGCUACACCAGUGUUUUUGCAUCAGAAUCAUUGUUUGCCACGUGUCACUAAGUGUGAAGCCGCAGUGUUUUGAAUAGUUCCUGCCUGAGCUAAUCACACCUGAUCCGUUUUUAUGUCAGAUGAAAGUGAAGGUCCUCAGGCUAGUUCAGAAUGUGUAAUUUGUGAAUAAGAAGAGGUUAUAAUUUGUUUGUCUUGCUUUGCAAAGCUGGUGCAGACUCAUCCAUUGACAUUCAAGGCCGUAAUUGUUGCCGAAGGGGCCUUAACAUAGUCUUCGAGUAGCUAAAUUCUUAAUGCAGUAUUGUGUGUGUGUUUGCUUUCAUCCUCAAUACAAAAGAGCCUUUUCCUCUCCAUUUGUUAAUUUUUCAAAAGAUGAACCGUGUCUUUUUUCGUCUGUCUGUCUGCAGAUAUACAGGCCGCCUUAUACGAGCUCUGCUGGCAGGUUGUACACGGGAACCUGAAGUUGGAUGUUGUCGCCAGCGUCCUUGGGGACAUGAUGGUAGGAAACACUUUUUAAAAAAAGUUUUUGUAUGUAGUCAGAGUAAUCUGUCUACACAGAAAUAAAAGUACCUGUUAGGCACAGUGUUUUCCCCUGUGUCUGUUAAACUGUAAUGCUGUUUCUUACUGAGCUCAGUCAUGUCAUAACUUCGCAUUUGAUGGUCAACAUAACAAACCUUGGCAGAGCACAUUGAUUUGUUCAGGCAUACUUGUAUCUGUCAGACAACAGGCCAGACAAUAUCAUUUCAUUUUCAAGCCUCAAAGUGAACUGGCUUACACUUCUUUCAUAUUCUCUUGGUUUGGUAAACAUAGGGCAUAAAGCUGUAAAUGUACACCUGAAAAUAUGCAGGAUUUUUUUUCUGCUUAAGCAUUAUGUGUAACCGCUCUCUUUUUUUCUUUUGCUUCCAGGAACUCAGAGAUGACAUGCCAUCAAUUUUAGCAGAUGUGUUCAGCAUACUAGGUACUUUUUCUUCAGUAUUAAGAACAUUGACUCAUUUCCACUAGUCUCAUUAAAAGUACUGUGUUUUCUUGCUUUAUUAUGAAACAGCUUUUAGUGUCUGGAAUUUGUCGACUUAUACAUUUUUUUUCUUAUAAUUUUGUUUUUCGCAGAUUUAGAGACUGGAGCUCUGGAAGAGAAAAACAAACGUGACCAUUACACACAACUGGUGGGAGCAUGUUUGGUAAGGAUAAGAGUCAGGCAUGGGAUUCUUUCAGGUUUACAAAUUUUCAUACCUAAAGAAGUAAUGCCCAUAGAUAUUUGUAUUCAUAUGAGUGGAGUGAUAAGCUGCUUGGUGCAUCAAAGAGAAUCUCAGAACACAUGGAAAAAAAUGUGGGACCCUUCAGUAAGUUUCCUAGUAUCGGUGUUAGAAUUUGCAAUGAACUUGAUCUGUUAUUGAGUGUGACAACAGUGAGCUAUGUGCCUAUUAGCUGAUGUUAGCCUCUAAAAUGGUAAAAAUGAAGUUUGAUCCAGUUUCAAUAAGCUCUUCAUUUCUGUUUGUCUUUGUAACAAAAGCUGUAACCAGUUUUGAUGUCACUGAGGUCCAGAACUUGGUAGCUUGAUCGAGAUAUAAAUUUUUUUACACACAGCUAUAAAAGGAAGUCGCCCCUUUUUUGCUUAUGAUGCUCAGAAUGAUCCCCUCGCUCUCCCUCCAGGGUUAUUAAGAUUGUAAAAAUGUGUUUGUUUGUGUGAAACAGGGUAUCUUUCAGCUUUCUCCAAUGCGAAUUAUGUGUCUUUAUGAACCUAUAUCAUGAAAAAACAUUUAAGAGGACUUAAAAUUGGAAGUGAGGGCGAAGGCUAUCUGUUUAGGGUUUUUGGCGCCAUCAAAAUACAGUUAAAAAUGGAUGAUCUAGUUGAUGUAACAUAGUUUGACAAUGAUUAAUAUGAAAAGGACCUGAGGAAAAUUUCAAAAAUUUUUGCAGAUGUUUCAGUCAAUCAGACUUUAUUUAUUUUUUUGCAGAAAAGUUUGUAGACCUGUGUAUGAAUUGUGCUGCAGAUGUUAUUAUUAUAAUUUUUUUUUUAAUUAUUUUUUUUUUUAGAUUUUCGUUCCAGAAGCCAUCCUGAAAGAGAGGCUCGAUCCAGAAACCCUUGAAUCGCUUGGACUUAUCAAGCAGGCCCAUCAGUUCAAUCAGAAGAUCGUAAAAAUCAAGACUAAACUAUUGUAAGUACAUCUCACACUUUGGUAGCAGUGAUGACGCACAUGUAUAGAAUGUUUUCAAUGUGUUAGGAAGUCUCAUCACGUGUAUACAAUAUUCUCUCUUUUUUUUCUUGCAGUUAUAAGCAACAGAAAUUUAACUUGCUAAGGGAAGAGAACGAAGGCUAUGCCAAACUAAUCACAGAGCUUGGCCAAGACCUCUCAGGCAACAUCACCAGCCACAUCGUCCUGGAGAGCAUCAAGUCUCUUAUAGGUACCUAACAAGUUUAUUUCACAGCAUAAUGUGGCCCACUCCAGUCUGUAGCCGCAGGUUUGCCAAACCUCUAUGGACAUGUUUUGUUUAUAGUGCUUGGCAUGUUUCUUUGGUUUGUUCUUGAGGAUUUUCUCAAACUCAGGGUUUGAAAAAGUAAAACAAGAGAGGGCAUUUGCAUGUUUUAGACGACCACAACACUUUGUUCCUUAAUGACAUUUAAACACACCCUGAGUAUGAUUUUUAUACUCCAAGUGAAUGUAUUUUUCAGCACCUUUUAACAUUUUCCUCAUUUUCUGUUCACACCUGUUUCUUUAGGCUUUAUCCCUGAAUUAUCUUUUUUAUUUUUUGCACAGUGAUUGCACAGUGAUCUUAUGUCCCAUGAACACAUCCUUUUCUUUUCUUCCGGCAGGAUGUUUUAACUUGGACCCUAAUCGCGUUCUGGACAUUAUCUUGGAGGUGUACGAGAGUCGAUCUGAUCAGGACGAGUUCUUCUUGUCACUUAUCAAGUCAUACAUGUGUGAGCCGCUCACCCUUUGCCACAUCCUGGGCUUUAAGUUCAAAUUCUACCAGGUAAGGAUAACAAAACAUUGAUCAUGACAACCAGAAUGAAAACUCACCUAUAAGCAGAGAAAUCAAGCCUUCGAAGUCUGUGUCAUUUAAAACAAAAGAUUUCCAGCAACUGAAUGAUGUGCUGAUAUUUUUUGCAGAUUUAUAUCAGCUAUCAGAUUCCCUAAAUAGCAUAAUUUUUUUUCGAAACCAUCUUUAACUAAAUACCAUGAGAUAAAGCAUUAAUUUGUCCCUGACAUUUGAUUUCAGUGAUUCUCUAUUUGUUUUGUUUUUCAGGAGCCCAAUGAGGAAACUCCCAAGUCUCUAUACCACAUUGCUGCUGCUCUGCUUCACCACAACCUUAUAGAGCUGGAGGAUCUCUAUGUGCAUGUAAGGAAAACAAAAAGAUUGAGUUUACCAACUUGGCACAUGAAUAACAACAAGGUCUUAUUUUCAUGUAUCUGUAAAUCAGAGUGUGGUGAAAUGCGUUUCAUGAGCUAAAUAUUGAAGCUGUUGCCUUUGGUUUCUUUCAGGAUGAAUAAUAUGACAUGAUAUAUUCACUUGGUUCUGAUAUUAUUCUUACGCAGUAUCAAAAAAAUGUAGUUCAGUUUCACCCACAAUAUCACACAUUUACCCUCAACUGAAUCUCGUUGCUUCUGCUGUUCCAGCUCAUGCCACCAGAUGCCGCCAUCAUAGAGGAACAUAAACGAGACAUCUCGGAGGCCAAGCAGAUUGCUCGUAAACUGGUUAUGGUUGUGUUGCCCUCUGAGAAAAACGAUGACAAAGACAAGGAGAAAGAAAAGGAGGAGGAGAAGAACGAGAAGGUAUUCAAGCAUUUGUUGUUGUGUGUGAAUAUAUAAGUGAUUAUAAGCGUGCACACAUUUGAUGUUGUCAGUCUGGGUUGAUGUUAUGAGCCAGAAGAGUGUGAGCGAUCAGUGCCUCUGUCCUCCUCUUGGUCUCUGUUGUGGAGUUUGCUGGACUCUGGGAGGUUUAGUGUUAUUGCACAGACACUCAGUGGUUGCUCCUCUGUGUCCUCAGCCACCCGAUAACCAGAAGCUCGGUCUGUUGGAGGCGCUGCUUAGAAUCGGAGACUGGCACCACGCCCAGAGUAUUAUGGACCAGAUGCCGCCUUUCUAUGCAGCUUCCCACAAGGCCAUUGCUCUGGCUCUUUGCCAGCUUGUUCACCUGACUGUGGAGCCUCUUUACAGAAGGUGCUGAUUUUAUUUAAUGUUUCACUUACUGCUCUCUGACCAAGACAGGCAUGGGUAACUCUUUUUCCACAGUUUGAAUUGAUUACUUUAGCCCUAUCCUUGCCAAUACUCCGAACAAGAAAUAUAAAGUUUGACACACUGGUCUGUCCCUCACAGAGCUGGCUUACCAAAAGGGGCACGAGGACGUGUGAUCCAUCCGCUGAGGAACAAGAGGGCACCACGGCCCGCAGAGAGCUUCGAGGACCUUCGCAGAGACACGUUCAGCAUGCUCGGCUACCUGGGCCCUCACUUGUCUCACGACCCCAUCCUCUUUGCAAAGAUUGUGCGUCUCGGAAAGGGCUUCAUGAAAGAGGUACUCAACGGUCACCUUUCGCAGUACUACAUCAACACCUCAGUUUGUCUUAUUUUGACUCAUUUUUGUCGUACUUUUCCUCGCAGUUCCAAAGUGACGGCAGAGCUGACUUCAAAGACAGAAUGGUUUGUGUGAUGCUAAAUAUUAAACAAAAAUACACUCAAAUUGUUAUCAAAGAUCUAUUAUCAAGACAUGUCCGUGUCGAUUGUGUUGUUAUUGCAGGACACACUAUUGAGUUGUUUUCUGAGCAUUGCAGACCAGGUGCUACUCCCCUCUCUCUCCUUGAUGGAGUGUAACGCAUGCAUGUCUGAGGAGCUGUGGGGUCUCUUCAAACUCUUUCCUUACCAGCACAGGUGGGACACACACACAUGCACACACACACUGAUUCACACUUGCACUGACACUGUUUAAUUGCGUUGUUGAACAGUAAACCCUCAGGCUGUGCUUCAGGAUGGUGUUCACUAGCACGCAAGCAAAGAAUCGUUUCACCAAACCAUGCCUGAGUUUCAUGUGUUACUUCUCACACCAUCUUUUCUUCUCUCUAGUUUUAUUUUUAGUCUCUUUGUUGGAAUAUUUUGGCACAGCGUUGAUGAACACUGACAGUCCACACUCCCAAAGGUUUUGUUUUUCCUUUAGUCAUCUAAAGGAAAGUUGUGUCAGUUUGUCAUGUCGAAUCAUGCAUCUUAUUUAGUAACUGAACAUAGUAGCACUUUGUAGAAUAUUUCAGUGUCUUGCUAACCAGAGUGCGUCAGCACCAAUCGAGGGAGGAUUUAAUUUGAGCUGAAAACGGACAAAUAGAGCUGUUCAUUUACCAUCUCCCGUCGGUGUAUAAUCCAUUUGGUAAAUUGUUGUGCUGAUACUUUUUAUAGUGUUUCUUGACUUUGCUCUCCGAGUAUGACUCACAGCAGUUUUGAUUUGAUUGCGGAGUAAGUCAACCAGUAAAGAGAGGUUAAUUGUCUUUUCUCACAAGUUCUUAGAUUUGCAGAUUACAGCUUUAACAACUAGACCGCAAUCGAAUCAAGUGCCUUGGGGAAAAAAGAGAAAAGAAACUUGUUCUUUUGGCUGUGAUAAGUUAAUCCAUUUGGGUCUUCUGGAGGGGUCACUACUUUGAUAUUUUGAGGAGUGUUUUCAACAAAAAUAGAAGAUUUGAAAGCAAGGAUAAGCACUCUGCAGUAAGUGUCCUGGAGGCUUAUUGGAAUAAGACUGAAUGUUAAUUGCUGUUCAAUCAAACUGCCAGAAAAAGGGAGAAAAAAGUUUUCCAACUCAUUGCUCAAACGUAUUCAAACUAUCAACAUAACCCUGACUGUCUGUGUAAGGAUGGAACAAACCGAUAAAGCUGCCAAUGUUUCUGGAUGCUCGGUAGCUACAGCUGCUGUUUAACUGUGCUCCCUCUGUCUGUUCUCCCUCAGGUAUCGAUUAUAUGGACAGUGGAAGAAUGAGACGUAUUCCAGCCAUCCGCUGUUGGUCAAAGUCAAAGCUCAAACUGUGGAACGGGCCAAAUACAUAAUGAAGUAAGGCAGUGUGUAGAACCCUGUCGACAUUUGUUGUUUCGUCAUCUGUCUUUUUUUUUUUACCUUUGGUUGAAGUUCUCUGUCCAUCCUAUCCAAACAGCAGGUCGGUUUUUACGUGUCUUUGUAACCCGUGUGCCUCCUCAGGUGUAACCGAGACAGUCUAGCCAUUCUUCUUCUCUCCCUCUACAACCCUCUGGUGUUCUGCAGACCUUUGCUUUACUUGGGCGAGAUAAAGUUAAAGAAUGGGAAGCCUUUCACAUUCAUUCCAGCCAAGUCCCCGCAGCGUGACAGUUUUAUACUAGAGUAUUUCUCCGCCUUCUCACGGUCUUUCGGUCUUUUGUUUUAGAAACAAAAUCGCUCUCUUUUCCCAGCAUCACACAGAACCUUAUCAGGUCAUUUCAGGCGGUGGAGUGCUCCAGAUACUGAAACUGCUUUGGCAUUAAUCCAGCUUUGAACUCCCCGAAUUUCCAUCAGGACAUCCAUUUCGGUGUCUCCUCAUGCUUCGCCCUCACACAAACACUAAGUUUGUUUACUAUUUGGCUCAUAAUGACGUUCAAACAGAAAUCCCAUCAAAUUUCUGUUCCACUGUUAAUGUGUGUUGAUUAUAUUUUUGCAUAUUGAUGUUUCGCCAUAACAGACAAAUCUCUAGUGACACAUGAAUGUUUUGUUUUCAGAAGCCAUCUCAAGCUUAGCUGCAUUGAACUGACAGUUUUACACAGACAAAAUGAAAAUUAAAAUGUGACUUUGUGUUUUGUGCCGGUCAAGUAAUUAUUCUGACACGGUUCUGCUGUAGACGGAAAUCAAUGACACUACUUUUAUCUUAAGCUGACAAGCAUGAAAGCAUUUUGCAGUUGCUGUGAAGCUCGCAGAAGUGACAGUUUUUGCUUACAGCUCUCUUUUCAUCGCCUUGUCUUUUUUAAUCUGCUGUUUUGUGUCUUGUGCGUUUUUUUUCCCCUGCAUCUCUAGGCGGUUGACCAAAGAGAAUGUGAAACAAUCUGGAAGGCAGAUUGGCAAGCUGAGCCACAGCAAUCCCACCAUCCUCUUUGAUUAUGUAAGUGUAUUGAGUUGAAGUUUCUUUAUUUAACUUAAGUCAUUCUGAAUUAUGUUAAAAAAAAUUUAAAGAAAAGAAAAAUCCUGAUUAUCUCUUUAAAUUUAAAGGAGCAGUGACUUGCUCUGUGCAGAUUUUUUUGGGCUCUUUCUGUCACAUUAACUCGCAGAUAAGGGUUUGCCUAAAGGAUAAUGAAUAUGGGAAUCAAAGUCUGUCUCGCUCUAUAAAAAGAUAGGGAGGGAAUUAUUACAUUUUGGGGUUUAUGGUUGCUUUCCUUUAAAAAAUAAAACCCAAAUUAAUGUUUUCAUUGCUGCCUCUAAAUGGGAAUUAACAAUUUCAGCUCAAGACGACUGAUCCUUGCACUUUAGCUCAUGGUUCAUCUGCAUCACUGUUGUUCUAAAGAGUUCCGGUUUACCCACUCCUUAUGUUAGUCUAAUUAACACAGAAGCGGGUUGUAUUUUCCUACACAUCUGUUCCACCCAAUUCAUUGAAUUUAUUCAUGAUUUAGCUCCUAUAAAUUUGGAGUAUAACAGUACUCAUGAGACACAUGAGGCACCAUGACAAGAUGAAUUUUAAUACUUAUAUUAUUCAAACAGCAGGGAGUCCUCUCUAUGUUUCACAUCCUUUGUGUAACAUCAUUUCACCACUGACCAAUGUAGUUAAAUAGAGGUGUAGAGAUGGGAUGUUGCAGCUGAAACACCGCCAAGUGUUUAUGCUGACCAUUUCAACAUUUGCCUUUUUUCCAUCAAAGAUUGUGAGCAACCUUUUCCCUCCGCUCUCUGAAUAUGUCAUGAGUAGCCUCAGGUAGAGAGAGACAGAGAGGCCUAACAAACAGUGUCAUGACAACCCCUCGUUUUACUAUUGAUGGUUCAGUUCAAUGUAACUGAACAAUCCAAUGAAAUUGCUUCGGUGUACUUUCAAAAUAAAAGUAUGUUUAUAUCAGAAUCAAAUAGAACAACUGGUAACACUUUACUUGACACCUAUCUAUAUAACACACUAUAAAUGUAUGUAUAAUGUGUUAUAAUCACGUUACAGCACUGUAUAACUAUAGUUAUGAACACUCAUCAAUGAUCAUAAUGCUUUAUAGCAAUAAUCAUGACACAAUGUAAAGAAUGUUAUCAUAACUUACAAGGUCAGGUAUUAUAAUGUGUUAUGCUUAUUGUUUCAAAGCAUUUAUGAUCAUUAAUGAGUGUUUAUAAUAUAGUUAUACAAGUUUAUAAACAAAUUGUAACACAUAAAUAUAUGUAUAAUGCAUUAUCUAUGUGGGAAUUGUCAGUGAGUUGUUAACAGUUAUAACACAUUAUAAUGCCUGACUUUGUAAGUCAUAAUAAAAUGCGCUAUUAUGUGUUAUGAUUAUUGCUAUUUAGCAUUAUGAUAAUUUAUGAGUGUUUAUAACUAUAGUUAUACAGUGAUAUGACAUGAUUGUAAUGCAUCAUUUAUAUAUUUAUAAUGUGUUAUAGAUAUAGGCGUCAAGAAAAGUGUUACCGAUCAACUGUAUUGUGAGGCAGUCUCUUCUCUUCCCUUUUGCAUUUAGGACUGUGCUUCCUACUUGACUAAUUUUCUUGAGCUGUGCCAUUUCUUCUGUAUUUUAUGUUGAAAAGUUGAUGAACAUAUUCCAAGAGCAGGAAGUAAAUGACUUCUUUUUGGUCAGGAAUUAUUCCCAGCAGUUUGCAAUAUUCAUCCCCUUCACUUUCCUGUUUAUAUCAGAUGCUGUCCCAGAUCCAGUGGUACGACAACCUCAUUGUUCCAGUGGUGGACUCUUUGAAAUACCUCACGUCCCUCAACUAUGAUGUCUUGGCCUGUAUCCUGAGCUAUUUGGUCUUAAUUCAGUUACAACAGAUGUGUUCAUGUGUGGGUGUCUGUCAGUGUGUUAGAGUGUCCUUUGAGGCACUGAGGCUUCUUCCUCUCUCUUUGCUGUUGGACUUAACUCUGUCUUCAGAUUGCAUCAUUGAGGCUUUGGCCAACCCUGAGAAGGAGAAGAUGAAGCAUGACGACACUACCAUCUCCUCAUGGCUUCAGAGUACGUCCUACGAAAGUUAACAUGCCGGUUACUGGCCGGUCACAUUGUUCAUUUGCAUUGAAAAGGGGAGAAACCGUUUGAUGUUUAAUGAAUAUCCAACAUACACCUGUUCCUCUGCUCAAUGAAGGUCUGGCAAGUCUGUGCGGGGCUGUGUUCAGAAAAUACCCGAUUGAGCUGGCUGGCCUUCUCCAAUAUGUCACCAACCAGCUGAAGGCAGGAAAGAGGUAACUUGAUGCAAGAAGACAAAGAUGUUCUCCUUUCACCACAUGUUUGACCUUGUCUUGCCCCUUACGCGUCUUUGUAGUGUCAGAAAACGCGCCCUGCUUUAUACACCCCUCUCCCUCCGUCCUUGUCCCUGCAGUUUUGACCUGUUGAUCCUGAAGGAGGUGGUGCAGAAAAUGGCCGGCAUUGAGAUCACUGAUGAGAUGACCUCGGAGCAGUUGGAGGCCAUGACAGGAGGAGAGCAACUCAAAGCUGAGGUAUACAGACUCAUUUUCAGCCUUUUUUCCCCCUAAACAAAGACUCCUGACCAAGAUCCACCUGGACCAGUGUUGUACUUGAGCCCAGGUCAUUUUCAUCAUUGCUGUGCUCUUUUUCAACAGGGUGGCUACUUUGGCCAGAUCAGGAACACAAAGAAGUCCUCACAGCGUCUGAAGGAUGCUCUGCUGGAUCAUGAACUCGCCUUGCCCUUGUGUUUACUCAUGGCCCAGCAGCGAAAUGGUGUAGUUUUCUUGGAAGGUGGAGAGAAACAUCUGAAACUUGUGGGCCACCUCUAUGAUCAGGUAUAAGAUUCUGUUUUAUGGCAGGAAAGAACUUUAUUCAAUGGAUUUGCAGGGACGUCCUUUACAGCAUCAAGUAUAUUUUAUUUAAUUUUUUUUUGUAUUUCUGCAGUGUCAUGACACACUUGUGCAGUUCGGAGGCUUUUUGGCUUCUAACCUCAGCACAGAGGACUACAUUAAGCGGGUUCCGUCAAUCGACAUCCUGUGUAACCAGUUCCACACUCCUCAUGAUGCUGCCUUCUUCCUGUCUCGGCCAAUGUACGCCCACCAGAUUUUGGUGAGUAGAGCCGGUAUCUGUGUGUGUCUGUGUGAGUGUUUAUGUUACAUCUCUGUUUUACAUCAGUGCUCUCAAGAUAUAUCCCUGCCUUUAGAGACAAGUCAAUAAUCAGUCACGCUUCGUUGCCAAGCGAUUACAUUUUAGUGUGUGUUAUACAUUCACACCAUCCUCCUCCUCUUCAUUUGAAUAAGUGCUUAUGUGGGUUGAAUAAGCUCAACUUUAAGUUAAAAAUGUAUGGAACUUUGUUUAAGCUGCCUUUACUUAUAGAUUCAUGGAAGAUGUGGGCAGAUUAAAACAUAGCAAGGUUUUUCUUACAUAAGGAAGGAUGAAACAUGUCAGAAAUUCUUACUUUUGAACUAUUUCUGUGAUUUUAUAAACAAGAAUUUAUCUUUACAAAAAAAAAGGUUGGUCUUUGAAAAUAAACAAGUAUCAGGACAUAUGAAGAUGUAUCAUGUUUGAAUUUGCUGUAUGUCCUGCUCUUUUUCAGUCCAAGUACGAUGAGCUGAAGAAAGCAGAGAAAGGCAACAGGCAGCAGCCAAAGGUACACAAGUACGUCGCAGCCUGUGAGCAGGUGAUGACGCCAGUGCAUGAGGCUGUGGUGUCUCUGCACCCGGCCAGAGUCUGGGAUGACAUCCGCCCUCAGUUCUACGCCACCUUCUGGUCUCUCACCAUGUACGACCUGGCUGUACCAAACUCAGCCUAUGAUCGAGAAGUGAACAAGCUCAAGGUCCAGAUUAAGGCCAUUGAGGAGAACCCAGAAAUUGUGAGUAGUUGAUCCAAGUUUUGUUGGUUAAAUGGGUCGCCCUCAAACACCACUUUUGACUUUUUCAUAUUGAGAAUAUUAUCAAUAAAUGCAAAUGAAUGUCAGAGGCAAGAAGGUGCCAAAGAGAAGUGAUCAUGAGAACUGUCAGUAUGUGUGUAUAAAGUGAGAAUAAUUUCGUUGCUCCGUUUUAUUGUAGCCUAUGAAUAAGAAAAAGAAGGAGAAGGAGCGCUGCACUGCCCUGCUGGAGAAACUGCAGGAGGAGGAGAAGAAGCAGCAGGAGCAUGUUCAGCGUGUUCUUCACCGCCUCAAGCUGGAGAAAGACAACUGGUUGUUGGCCAGUAAGUUUUCUGUUGUGUUUAUCAGGGACAUUUAAUGUCUCUUUCUUUGAAUUGAUGGAGUUUUAAACAAUGCUGUUGAUCCCUGCCAAAGGAAGAAAGCAGUUUGUAAGUCACUUCCAGGAUGACAAAUAGAGAGAACUCCAGUUUGAACUCAGUUUAGACACAAUAUCUGCUGAUGUGAAUGAGUCAAAACUAGUAUUCAUGGAAAAAACUCCUCAUGCAGAAACAUUUAGUGUUUCUGCAUUUCUAACUUCAAAUUCUCACCAACAGAAUCCACAAAGAACGAGACCAUCACCAAGUUCCUGCAGCUCUGUCUGUUCCCCCGCUGCAUCUUCUCUUCCAUCGAUGCUGUGUACUGCGCCCGCUUUGUAGAGCUGGUUCACCAGCAGAAGACACCCAACUUCUGCACCCUCCUGUGUUACGACAGGGUGAGUCACUUUAAAACAUGCCAUCUUUAAUGCAAUGAUGAUCAAACCUUUUUUUUAAUGCAAAGUCAAAAGGGGGAAAGCUAAUUCUAAAGUGUGCAUUAAAAUAACAUAUUAAAAUACAUGUGGUGUCCAAAUUCAUUUGAGAGGUUCACGGACCAGCUAAGUGCUCCAUCAAAUUACAAUUUGAAAAGAUUGUAAUAAUAUAAUAAUAUAAUUGAUGUAAAAACAGUCAGACCAUGAAUUAGUACAAAGUCAAUGAAGCACAGGUUCUCUUAAUAAUACGACUCCUUUUUCAUCAUGUUACUCUGCAGGUGUUCUCAGCAAUCAUUUACACAGUGGCCAGCUGUACAGAGAACGAGUCCCACCGCUACGGACGCUUCCUCUGCUGCAUGUUGGAGACAGUGACCCGAUGGCACAGCGACCGCGCCAUCUAUGAGAAGGUGUUCAGUCCUACCUGUUCUCUGCUCCUGUUAGCUUGAUGUAUUUGAAUUAUUUUCCAAUGGAAGAUGAGCUGGGAAUAAAUCAGUGUCUUCUCAUUGUAUGGUCACAGGAGUGUGUAAAUUACCCAGGCUUCCUGACCAUCUUCAGAGCCACUGGUUUUGACGGGGGGAACAAAGUGGAUCAGCUGGACUAUGAAAACUUCAGGCAUGUGGUGCACAAGUGGCACUACAUGCUGACCAAAGUGAGCACCACCUUUUAAUAGUUACUGUUCCUAGUUUUGACUUUUGUUUGAAUGACGUCAAAACUAUUCCAACAAUUUUACCUUUGUUCCUCUGCCUUUGUUCUAUCCAGGCUUCAGUUCACUGCCUGGAGACGGGAGACUACACCCACAUUCGGAAUAUUCUCAUCGUGCUAACCAAGAUCCUGCCCUGCUAUCCCAAGGUCAUGAACCUGGGCCAAGCCCUGGAGUGCCGUGUCCACAAGAUCUGCCUCGAGGAGAAGGACAAGAGGCCUGACCUCUAUGCCUUAGCAAUGGGGUAACAGGACUGUGUGCUGUUCAGCUCCUCCUGGAGCAUGCAGUUAAUUUCUUGUGUGAAGUGUGGUACAAAGGAGAAAAUGCAGAAGAUUGUAGGUUUUUCGUUUUAGCAUUUAGGAGUGACAAGAGGUGACUGCAGGUGUGAAACGUAGGUAUAAAAAAGAGAUAGCAAGACAAGCUAACAGAUGUCUUUGCCCACGUCUAUAAGACAAUCUUUAGUUCUGAGAAAAAUAAUUUAGAAGCUCAUUUUUUUCAGUAUGAAUUCUUUACGUGGGUGAGAAUAUCUACAAUGUUAACUUCUCGAUUGUAUGCAGGGCUACUAAGUGCAGGGUACCACUGAGUUGAGACAUGGUCAGCAGUCCCCCAGUUUAUGUCUAGAAUUUUGAAAACUGUGUGAUACCCAGCAGCUCUUUAUAGGUUGUGUCUGUGCAUUGUGCAAACCAUUUAUGCAUCUUGCAGUUACUCGGGUCGAUUGAAAAGCCAGAAGGUGCACAUGGUCCCCGAAAACGAGUUUCACCACAAGGAGCAGCCAGCGCGCAGUGCCACCCCUGCCAGCCAACAGAACGGCCCCGGCAGCACAGGGAAGCCCGCCGGCAGCACGAGCAAGACAGACGAGGGGACAUCCGAGGACGGAGGUGAGUGAGGAGAAAGAUGGCUGCGUUGAAGUAAGUGCAAGUGGAACCAAAAAACAGUUGAGAGUUUUUGAUUCGGUCUUCUUGCAGAUCGGGGAAAGGAUAAAUCUCAGGGGACCACAAAGCCAGUGAACAAAACCAACAAUGCAGCGGCCAAAGUGACCACCAGCAAUGGAAACGGUGCUCUCAACAGGUAAGCUAGCUCAUAUUAAAAAACUUUUGUAAAUAUCCACACCUCUAGUCUUAUGCAUUAUUCUUAGAACACAGCAUUAAACUUUUACCCAUUGCAGCACCAAAACUGUCAAAGACCGGGACGACAAAGAGAAGAGCGGGAAGGAGAAGAAAGAGAAAAAGGAAAAGACGCCAGCUAGCACACCUGAAACAAAGGCGGAGAACCGUCGGGAGAAGCAGAGAGAUGAGAGGGCGGGGAAGGAAGAGCGGGUAGCACGUGAGGGUAAGGAGAAGACCCCCAAGGCAGACAGGGAGAAAGUGAAGGCCGAGGAGAAGAGCAGCAAAGACGACAAGGCCAAAGCCGGCAACGGGGAGCCGAUGGAGCAAUCCAGGGAGCGUGACGCCAUCAAGGAGUCCAAGAGCAAGGAGAAGGGAGACAGGAGCGCUGUGGCCGGGUCCCUCAAGUCACCAGUACCCAGAUCAGAGUCAGCUGAAUCUGAGAGGGGUAAGGAGUCGGUCUGCAUGUUUGUUGUAGCCCUGUUUCACCUGCACUCUUCACACAAACAGCGUCUAUUUAAGCUUCAUUACUUUAACACAUUUAUUUAAAACAUCUGAACAUAGAAGAUUAAGAUUUUCUCACUUUGUUUCACCCCUCACUCCUGAUCCUGAAUUAGUUGAUUUUAUUGGUGGAAGAAAGUUUUUAUUGGAGAUCAAAUGUGCAGCUCUAUUUAAUCCAUAUCUCCCUCUCUUUGUCUGUCCAGAUCACAAACGACGAAAGCUCGACAGCCACUCUUCUCCGUCCCACUCCUCGUCUGUUAAGGUUAGUAUGGCUUGAGGAAGGCUGUGCCCGUUUCUUCUCUAUCUGCCGGAGCGUUCCCCUGCCGUUGCACAUUCCAGCAGCCCUGAAGAUCACCAAGGAGAGUUGUCGUACAUGCAGGCAUCUGGAAAUCCCCACCAAAUCCAUGGGAUUUGGAAAGCAUUCCAUGGACUUGAGCAUUAUAUUUUGCAGAAUUGAGAGAAAACCCCUCAAGGACUUAGCCAAGAGAAUAUUGUGUAUAUAAAGUAUUUUCAUAUUGAAAUAUUUAUCUAUUUUCAUAUUAAUGAAAGCAGUCAGUGUGCCUUGGGAAGGAAGAAUUUUUAAGCAAUUCUAUAUUCCUUGUGGAUUUUUUUUUUUGCUUUUUAAGAUUAUCUGCCUGAAGUUUAAUGGCUUGCCAAAUCAACAGUCUCGCCUUUUCGUGGCAAAGAUUUUUUCUUUUUUUUUCACAAACGAAAGAAGUUUUCACUACUUGAAAAGAUACCCAAGAUCAUUUCCCCGCCUUUUUUGCAAGCUGAGAAGAUUCCCUGGUGAAAGAGAUGUAAAGUUUUUUUACCUUGUCCUCAACGUCCCCGGAUCCAGCAUGGCGUCAGAUGAUGUUCACCGCACCACUCUGCUGCAGGAGCACCCCUACGCUGUGGCUGAGUCAUCACCCCCUCAAAUCUAUUUCCGUUUGUUUAAACGGCCUGCAUGCUGCCUUCAAGUCACACGAUGCGCGUCCGGUCCCGGCCCCUACAGCACCACCCCUACACCUACCAGGCAUCAGCAUCGACAGUCGUACUACCUCCUGGCAAGCACCUAAUGGGAGACCAGAGCCACCAGCAGCCGAGAUCGACGGAGAAAAUGAAUGUUGCAGUUUUGAAUCAGCCAAAAUUGCAGAGGGAAAUAAGCCUGCCCCAACAAAGAGAGAGAGAGGGAGGGAAAGAGUGGGCGAAGCCUGAAUCGUCUGGAGCGUUGCCUAAACCACUGGAAGCUUGUGAUAGGUCUUUAUUUUACCUUCCACCAGAGAAAUAGGCUCCCUGUGUCUUAUCCAUUCCUGAACUGUAAGUGACAGCCACAGUUAUUUAUGUAGGGAUGCAGUCAAGCACAUAAGAAUUGAGUGAUUUGUCUUGCACACACAGGCACAGACACACACACACACACACACACACACAAACACACAUACACACACAGUAUUUACAGCACUUGCACUUUAGAUGUAUUGGCUAGCAGCUGCUCUGUAGGACUUAACUAUUAUGCUGCCUGAACUCUCAGACAUGUCUGUAGUAUUAUGACUUAGCAGUUAUUUGAUAUAUUUGCUCAGGGUUUUUCUAUUUAAAGUAUUAUUGACAUUCCAGAUGUUGAGCUCAUGAACUCUCUUUAUGUAAUAACCUUGUCAAAGCCUUAGUCCUUAAAGGUCAGAGGUCAAGGGCGAAGUAUGCUGUUGGUCCGGCCAGCCCAAAUCCCCUCCACCCCUUCUUCAAACUCUACUACUGUCUGACAACCUCCUUACCAACCCCCCCACCCCCUCCCAGCUCAUCUGUCAUCUCCAUUCAUCCUUACAGGACAAUAGCAACGAACCCAAGGAGUCCACAUCCAAGGUUUGAACUGAUUCCUCCUCUUGUUGCCCAUGUCUGACAUCCAUCUCUGUUCGUGUACCACCAUCUAAAUCAUCGUCAAGAGUACAAUUAUGAAUAUCUGUGUCAGCAUCACCAGAAUUUUUAUUUUUUUUUGCACUUCAUGCAGCAGAAUAAACUGAAAACAUUUGGUCUGAUCUGAUAUUGUUGCCCUUCGAUAAAGCUGUCACGGCCAACAAUUGCUGAGUUUCACAUUAGGCUCACAGUAACAAACAGGCCAAAUAUUCAUCAUCUGUUCACUGAGUCCACUGAGUGAAAGACAGGUGAGAGAGAUCACCUAGACAAUGAGGUACUGGUGCAUACUGGUGAUCAUCUCUGUGGGUUUAUUAUUACAGACGACCCCUGUUACACUCCAGGGUAAUUUAGCAGAUAUCAAAUACAAAGUUAACAGUUGAUUGGAGUGAGGUUCUUCUGUUGAUAAUAGAAGUCACUUCAAAUAUCAUGAGCCUGUUAUCCCUUCAAGUCCAUUUAUAGAAAAAAUAUUAAAAAAGGUAAUUUUACAGAAAAUCCACCCAGAAUAAGAAGAGUCUAUAUCACACCAGUGUAAAUAACGGGAAUUUAACAGUAGUUAUAAUCAUGAAUAAUGGGCACCUCUUUCAAGUCUACAUCCAGUCAAGUCUGUGAUUGUUUCCUUGUGUCUGUUUGGAUGUUUGUAUCAUCUCUGUUCAUCAGUACUUCACACUUUUCUGUGUUGAUCACCAUCAGCUCUGUCUGUCGUGUCUCCGUUAUUACGAUCAAAUAGGAAGCAGGGAUGAAAGUUUGUGUUUCGCUGGAUGUUGUUUCGCACAGGCACUGAAGAGUCUCAUCUUCAUAAGACUGUACUUGUCAGUUCCUUUAAGUUAAACAUGCAACACAUUUGCGCUUAACCUUUAAGGCCUUUAUUUUGACAAACGGAUAAUUAGAUUUGUUGUUUCUUAGCAACACGAGACAUGAGGUUUUUAUAGCUUUCAUUUUAAACAAGUUAUUAUUGAUUUGAUUACUGUAAGUCUUAUUUACACGAACUUUACAGAGUUAAAGUUGCCUCGUAAUUGUCAACUUUAUACCAGUGGAGUUGGUGUUAAUGUUUUACGCUUAGAGCUUUUGGCCACGAACACCAACUUUUUAGCUGAGUCAGGAUUGUUGCUAAAGAACAAGACCUCUGCAGGAAAGCAGAAUAGCUCAGGCGAGAACCAGGCAGCUGGAUCAAUACUGAUGACAAAACAAAAAGUCUAACCACUGGUAGUUUUACCUCGACCACAUACCUAUAAAAUCACCAUUUCCAGUACGAUAAAUGCGAUCUGUUAUGAGAUAUAAGAAGUGUAAAAACAUAUUUCAUUCAUUAUUAAUUUGUCCAGGUCAGAUCAGUAAUCUGUGAUGAUAUAGAACCAUCGUAAAGAAUGAACAGGCUAGUUGAUAUGUUAUUUACCCUCUGAGUCGUCUCUAUGUGUUUGCAAUUUAAUCCAUUCGCAAAAUGGAUCUUCAAGUUUCCACUCGAGUAGAAAGUCUUUGUUAGGAGCUCGUCCUCACUGAUGGGGGGUUGUAUUUUUUUCACAAGAACUUGAAGUGGAAUAAAAAUCAACCUGAAGGCUCUCCUGACAUCUUAUAAGAAGUUCUGUUUGUCUCGUUCUGCUCAUGGAAAAUCCUCUUCACAGCACCACAUCACCUACAACUCAAUAGCCCGGUCCAAGAGCAGAGAGAGGGAGCUGGAGAAGAAAGACUCAGACAACACACAAGGCCGAUCCAAAGAGAAGAAAGAAGAGAAGGAUCGAAAAGACAGGAAACGAGUCAGUAUUCAACCAGACAACUAGUAGUGUUCAUAUCAGUCAGAUUAUUAGAAAAAGGUUCAUCUUUACACACAUACAAGUUUUAUCCAGAAGAAUACUUAAUGACACCUGUAGGACAGAAAAUCUCACUGUCUCUUUUUUCUAUCACCAUGAUUCAUUUACUCUUUGUCCUCUUCUUUUUUAGGACCACGCUGUCAAUGAUCGUGAGGCGAGCCAAGAAUCCAAACGUAAAAAGGAUGAAAAUGGAACUAGUACGUUUGUCUUCAAUAAAUCCAACAACCUUUUAUCCAGGCAAUUACGUGCAACAAGAAGCACUCUCCAAAGAAACCUGAAACUGAAUCGUCUUUCCCCAGAUUCCUCAAAAAACAGCAAGAGCACAAGCCCCUCCUGUGACUCUCCACUUUCAGCCGAGAAAGAGAAGAGCAAAAGAUCGAAAUCUUCCAGUAAGGAGAAGGCGGAUUCUGUGAAACCUGAGCGGACGUCCUCUGGAGGAAAAAAGGUAAACUCAUCAUCUUGUACCGAUGUCAAACAGUCACGUAACUUAAAGAGUCUCAUCACACAGGAAAAAAGAAAUCUAAAUACUCUAAAUAUUUGUGUAGCAUCAUCACUGUGGAUCUGUCUCGUCUCAUACUCGUUUGUGCUCUUGUGUCGCAGGAAUCUCGACAUGAUAAAGAGAAAUCUGAAAAGAAAGAGAAGCGGGACAGCAGCGGUGGGAAGGAAGAUAAAAAACAAUAUCCUUUGAUGUGAUGCCAAAGUCUGAAUUGUGGACAGUUCAAACAUCGUUCGUGACUAAUUAGGAGCUCUAAGUGAAAAUAGAUAGUCAGGUUUGUUACUGAAGGCUGAAUUAGCUAGCGUUAAAAAGUAAAUGUUUACACAGUUGUGCAGCAGUGUCUCUGUAAAUUUAUCUUCCCUUAGUUUCCAUUAUAAGACAGUGACCCCUUUUGUGUCACUUAAUAUCCUCCUAGCAAUUAACUGGUCACCAUUGCAACAGUUGCCAUAUUGUGCUGAGAAGCUGAGUAACAGCCUUGUAAUGCUUGCUUGUAAUAUAAUUACAACAAUAAUCCACAGCUAAUUUAGGCAUUUAACUGUAAGCCAAUAACUGCAAACCCCUCUGAUGCAAUGCAAGCUGAACUCAUCAUGUACUCUGCAACACAGAUCUGGCUGAGGUUUUAAGAGCCGCUAUGUUGCAAAGAGUAUUGCUCACACAGUGGAUGGGUGUAUUCUCCUUUACUGGUGUGGACAAGAAACCUUUCUGUCUGAUCCCAUAUUAGACGGUGUCCAACCGCCUUUUACAUCCACUCUCUGAUAAUGACAAUAAAGCAGCUUCGACUGGAGAGAAUUGAGGUUCUCUUCUCUCUGAUGAAAAGAUAUUUGAUGAAAUAGAAAUAUUCACAUUCUGCCUGUGAUCAAUGUUUAAUUUCCCUUAACAGUGAUACUCAUAAAUCCUCUGACAAGCACAGAUAAUGUGCACUUACCAGUGGAGGUAAGACACAUUCAGUCCAGCGUCUUUUCUGAAAAGAUGAAUGACAUGACUCCACCUGAAGUCAAACCAAAAAAAUUUUGAGUCUGUGCAGUCCAGGAGAGCUGGUGGAGACGCAUUGUCUUUUUACUCUGCUAUUCCAGUGCACACAGCUCUGCAGGAGCCUCACGGGUCAACAGCACUGUCAAUCAUGCUGUUGUGCCCCCUUUGUUACAGGCCAAAUGUUUAGUUAGUGAGUCAGUAAAACUUGGCUUCUCAGAAAAAUGGACGCUAACACAGAUCAGCAUAAUAAGAACUGUGUUAAAGUGUAAGGAUGACGUUUAAGAGGAAAACAAACCCAGGACAUAGUUUGAAUUUUAAAGUUUCACUCAUGUGGAGGAGGUGGGUUUUGUGACCUUGAAAUGUUUUGGCUUCACUUUUGGGGAGCUUUCAUGUUGUUCAUCUUUUAAAACGGUCUUCAGUUUCCUCUGAACAGAUCAGAGUACGUCCUCUCUGCGGUCACUCAUCGGUGUGUUUUUUUCUGUUCCUCUGCAGAACUGGAGAGGCUGUGUUUUUAAUCUACAAGACAUUUGCGGCUCCACCUUUACUCUGUCUUUAACUUUCAUUUUGCCUGUGUUGUUUUGCUGUAACCCCCUCCCCCACCAAUGUUGUUAGCUGUAGUUUUUUGGACGUACAGAUCACCUCAUUGUUUUUCCAUUUCAGUAUACAGCAAGCUCGCUGGAAUAUGUUUAUAUUUGUUUCUUUUGUAUUCUCCAUUAUGGGCACAAUGUGCUGCUCUGAUCACGUGGUUAUUAUUGCUCACUAGAAAAGCGGUUACUGUAUGAAAUGAUCUGACCCCUGGUCAUGGAUUCAAUAAUCUCAAGCUUGAAAACUUGUAUUCUUUUGUAUGUUGUCAGGCUUUUGCUUUUGCUCGUUUUAUUGGAGUUAACAUGCUUUCCAUACUCACUUACCUCAUAUCCUUUUUGAGAUACUUAGAUACGUUUUAUUUAUUUAUCUCCAACUUUUAAUCCCAGUUAGACAGUGGGUGUGAGUGAGGAAUCUGAAACAAAGGACCAGUUUGUAUAUUGUGUACAAUAAUAAAGAGAGUAACAUGAAAUUCACAUCAUGUUAUUUCUUUCCUUUUUUUUUUUUUUCAAUGUCCCUUACAGUCCUUUUGUGAUUUUGUGUUAAUCAGGUUUUUAUAUAAUUUAUAAAAAGCCAGUUCGACCUUGACUCAAAUGUAGAAUUGUAAAGAAAUCAGACAAAAAGAAUCUGAAGCUCUGUACUCCAAAUACAUCUGUUUUGAAAUGACUUUUGGAGAUUUUAUCUGCUGUACUCAAUGAGUGUAAGCUUUUUUUAAAAAAACAAAAACCAAUAAAUAAUAGUUUUCCUAGUGUGUCAAAUUGAUGUCGUCUCUUACCUUUUUUUCAUCCCCUUAAAGAGAAAGUGGACCUUCAGAAAAUGAAUCAGUGACAUCUAGGUAGGGUUGUACUGCACAAACAAGUAAAUAGACAAAGGCUACGUUCACACUGCAGGUUAUGAAGCACAAUUCAGAUUUUUUGUUAAAUCUGAACUUUUUGUGCGGUCGUUCACAUUACAACAACGAAUGCGGCAUCUAAUGUGAACAGAGUGCGUCCGUGAAGUGACCCGCAUGCGCACAAAGCAGGACGUGAUGCAGUGUGUUUGCUGUAUGAGCCCUUUGUUUUGGCUCGAACUCUAAUGUUUCUUCUUUUCGCCACUGGCUGUUCUCCGUUCCCUCGUCCACCAUUGCUUUCCACGACUGUUUGUGUUGUCAAACAAUGGUGAUGUUUGUCGCAUAUUGAUGACGUAUAGGUCGGAUGAACGCGACCUGAGCGUCCACACUGCAGUCACAUAGGAUACAUGUCCGAUUAUCUUCACAUACAAAAGAGGCCUGGGUUGGAUUCGAAAAAAAAAGACUCAGAAUUGCACCGUUCACACUUAUAUAAAAAAAUCAGAUACAUGUCACAUGGUUAAAAAAUUAGAAUCGACCUGCAGUGUGAACAUGGCCAAAGUUUAUGCCAUUUUAUUUACUACAAAGCUGAGUUUUUCCAAGUUAAUUAACUUGACAGAAAACUCAUUUAGUUUUCGUAUGAUGGUGUGAUUGGCACUUUUCAAACAGAAUGUUGUGUGAAGGAAGAACAAUAACGGUGUUUAAAUAUUAAGACUGCCCAAAGGCAAGCCCAUAAUCAAGAAAAUGUGAGAACAGUUUGUCUAAGAAGUAGAUUUGUCUUUUUUCUGUCUUUAGGAUUUCAACUGUCUUUUGGGAGAGUUUCUUUACAAAUCAGAAGUUGCCCAUGAAUUCAACUCAACCAACAUUCAGAGUUCUAGAAAUUAGAUGUUUAGAUCAUUAAAGAAUAAAAAGUAGAGCUUGUUGUCAAUUUUAAAAUUAUGAUCACCAGCAGAAUUUCAAUUGUAAAUGGUGAUCAACUGAAUAUUGACCUGCAUUUUUAAAUUCUAUCAAUUUUAAAGUCCAUAUUAACAGUAUUGAGUAAUUCAUUGCAGUGUCCUGAUUUAGUUGACAAAUUAAAGUUUUCCACAGUGAUGGUUGGCUUUCCCUUAUGUAAUUUUACACACAGGGCUGUGGUGAUUCACACUCUAAAUAGUGCUUUGCUGACAUCAGUCUGACUAGCUGCACCUGUAUGCUUAGUUUAGAUUAACAUAUAAAAAGAGAUAAAUGAAAACAGGGUCUCUCUCAGCAUUAUCCAAUCCAAUAGACUGAAAUUGUGUCAUCCUCCUCAGACCAGGCCCAACAUUAUUUGAUUGAAAUGGUCAGUGCAUAGUUCUUUAUAAAUAUAGUUUUAUUUCCUUUAACUAUUCAUAGUUGAUCAACACGGGAUCAAAAUUAAGGGCUUAAGGUUUCAUUCAUAGCAUGGCUAGCAUAACUAAUUAGCACAAAACAACUAGAUAUGGGUUGAGACCAAAAUUACAUUUGACAGAGAAGGGUCACAAAAGAAAAAACAUUCUUGUAGUAGGACUUGCAUUUUUAUAUGUAAAACAUAUUUUAUCUAAGAUCUUAGAAAAAGUUGUGUCCCCUCAGCUGAUUUCUUUUAUGGAUGACAGUCACAUCUUUGAAAAUUUUCAAUCUUGUUUUCUACUCCCAUCAUUGCACUGAGACUGCUCUGGUCUGGUCAAGGUCUCUAAAGACUUAAUGCUUGCAGCUGAUUCUGGCUUGUACUCUAUUUCCUCUUGACCUCAGCAUUUGAUGCAGUUGACCACAAUGUUUUGGGAAGAACUUUAUUGAUCCCAGAAGGGAAAUUUUUAACAAAUAUUAAAUAUUCUUAUUCAGCUGCUUGAAAUUCUCCGUUGUGAUGCAGCUUUGGACAUGGGGUCUAUCUCGGGUCUCCUUCUAUUCCCUGUAUACAUGCUUCCCCAGGGGCAAACCCUGCUAUGCAGAUGACAUUCAGCUCUGUGCUCUGUUAAACCUGGCACAGCUGAUGUUUCCCACAUAUGGUCCCACCUGUCUAAAUCAAGAAUUGGAUAUCCGUUGCUAUAUAAAUUAAAGUAUUAUUAUAAUCAUUGUUUUAGAGUUAGGGUAAGUAAAGGCAUGUUGAGAGAAAAAUAUUUUUCUUUCUCUUUUCACAAAUUUCUGUGAUAUACAAAUGACAGUACAUAUCAAGUCCAAAGAUGAAUAUAAACCUGCUUUUAUUAAGGAAAUGUAAUAAAAUCUUUGUACAUGACCUCUCCACAGAGGUUCAUUGUGUCCAUACAUGCAACUCUCAUGGUUGAGGUACCUUUACAAAUGAAUUGGAAAAACUAAAACCAAACUGGAUCAGAUGCCGUAAUUGGACACUAACUAAACCAGGGUCCAUUUUGAGUUGCAGUUUGGUCGAACUAUCACCAAAUUCACAUGCACUUUAUCUGGGGAGAAACAGAUGAGAACUUCUGAUAUACUAAACAAAUGUAGGCGUACAUGGUUUGUAGCGUUUGUAGGUUUUUCCCCUCAGUUUGUAAAAAGUUCACUUAUACAAACAGACAAAAUGUUUCUUUUGUAGCUCUCCUUCCCUUAAUGUACAAUUCCCCGGCUCACCGUCUGCAUAAUGCAUAGACACAGAAAGCUCAUCACAACCAAAGAAGCCAUGUUGUGUUAUCAUUUACCCAAAAAUGUUAAGAUUCACAGCUGCAGAUACUGCAUCGACAUGAGAACAGCUUCUAAGUGUGUACAAAGUGUAAACCAUAAGCUCAGUUAAACCGUAGAUGAAACAUAAAGGGGUUCACUCUCCCAGGAUUUAUAACGCUUUGAUUCAAACAGUAUGGCACUAAGUGAUAAAAAGCGGACCUCAUCUCAAUAAAAGUGGUCUUUUGUUUCCAAAUAGUGGCAGUUGAAACGAAUGCUUGUGGUCGAUUUCAAACAAAAGCAUCUAAAUGAACACAGAGUCAGUUGUGUAUAAUGUCCAACAGGCUUUAAAAUAACACCACCUAAACAGUUUCAUAGUAUUGAUAUUUUCUGAGUAAAAACUGGGGUAAAAUGUUGUUAUUGUAAUCAAUGCUUAACCUAUUGAUUGAUGCUUGUCCUAAAUAUUAUGAAACUGAAAAUAGUCUUAUAGUAAAACAAGAAAUGACUUUACUUCACUAAAUAUAACAUUUAUUCAACUUAAGAUUUCACCACAAAAAUAUGUCUGUAAAGGACUCAAAUGACUUCUUAAUAAGUAAUCCAGGAUGCUUUGACUGCAAAUCAUGGCUUUUUUUCUUCUUCUUCUUCUUCUUCAGAUCAGAAAACAACUGAAAUUACAACAGUUCAUCUAAUUGUUAUUUGAAGCUUUGCCCUCAGUCCAUAGAUUAUUUUCAAAUUUUCAAGUUAUUGAAUUUUUUGUUGCAUUGCCAUGACGCCCGAUUGCUCCGUAAGGCACUACAAGAGGCAAAUCUCAUGUUUCCAGAAGCAUAAGUCCGGUUGCGUCAUUGCCCUCUGUUAGUGUGACGGGCCUCACAGCCCAGAAUGAGCACUUGUUGAGUGUUAGGCUUGAGUCCAAGCUGAUGACAAAGAGGGCUGUCGCCUCUAGGAUGACAGCCUCGGGGUGUCGGGGUCACACACAGUGGCUGUUUCCAUCCAGACGCUCCAGUGGGAAUCCACACAUCCUCACUUCUGCAGGGGCCAAAGGAGAAGGUUUUAAAAUACAUGUCAUUGUCAUCUUUAAAGUCGUUUCACCUCAUAAACUCAAGUUCCCCUGAUGCCUUAAAAAAGUGAGUCAACUGGACACAGGUUACAUUGUUCAUUAAAAAUCAUGUGGUUUAAAAUUUUGAAAAAGCCACCUGAGAUGGUUGAAAUGAAUUUGACUUAAAGUGCACCAAAAACCUUAAUUAUAGAUGUAUACAUUUACCUUCACAAAGAUCAGAAUGAAUAUUAUGAUCCCACUGAGCAAUAGACGGCUAUUAGACAUCUAGUUUUUUGUUUUAGUCCUAAUUUCAACCGUCUAGAUUCUGUAUAUUUUUAGACAGAAUCUAGACGUUGCAGUUAUUCGAUAACUAUUCGUUUCAAAAAGCAACUGUGAGUUACAUAGCUCAUCUUCAAGUACUCAACCAAAAUAAUUAUGAAAGCCGCUGAGCAAAAUACAGUGUAGUAUAGAUAAAGCCCAGAUUUAGACUUGGUCUAAAUUUAGACAUCGGUCCUCUAGGCAAUAUCUAGACGUCUAUUAGACCUCUUUUAGGCCAAAAAAAUGCUCAGUGGGAUGGGUGCAUUUGGACUUGAUUUACUGUGUAAACCAAUUUGAACUUUAAUAACAAUAACUUUGAUUAAUGAAUGUUUUUAAAGUAGGAACAAUGUUGCAUUCUGAGUGAUCAGCUUUUCUAAAACCUUCAUUUAUGGGAUCAUUUUAAAACUGAAACUAAUAAUGUCUAUAAACUGAGCUGUGAAAAAAUCAGUUGCAUUAUAUCCCAACUUUAUAUCAAAUUACCCAUCUGUGUUCAAUAUUUGACUCUGACAGAUCAAAGCCCCAUAAUAACAGCAGCAGUUACACCUCAACAACAAAAGCAAUGCUAGAGACAGCAUGAUCACACAUCAUCUAAAAUCACUGCAGAGAAAGGAUUCUGGCACAUUUCAUCGCCGCUUCGCUGAAAGCAGCCUGAAAAGCCACUGGGCCCUGACAGGGAAAAGUGUCUGUAAUCCAUGCAACAGCAGCAGAGCUGGUGAGUGUAUAUCUGGAGCGGCUAUCACUCCAAAGCCGCUUUGACUGUAGGUGGUAUUGUAAACAGAAGCAAUGUAAGAAGUUGUGAUACUUGCGUCAUUUAUGUUUUGAGGUGUGUCAACUGCAAAGCCCAAUGAAGUUCACCUUGUCCUAACGUGAUCUUCAGAGAAAAUGUUCAGUUUGAUGCCAUUUCUUAAAUAAACAAUCAUUUCAACUUAAUCAUCAAUUUAAAAGUUUUGUUUAAGGUUAAUUUGUUAAUUAAUUCCUACAAAUAGGCUUAUAAGAUUCAGUUGCCAUGGAUGCAUUACUGAACAUCAAUGAAGGUCUAGUUUCUUUUCUCUGGUCUAGUCAAAAAUGGAUAAAAUCAUCUCUAAAUGAGUAUUUUGUUUAAACCUCUCUGUGUCUUGGGUAGGUAUCUAGGUAAUAAAUGGGAUAUGUAUAGUGAACAGAUAAUUAUGCAGAUUAGAAUCCAAGAGACAAGACCAUUUCGC